AUGCCUCCAAAGCAGGCCACACUGGGCAAGUUCUUUGGCCAACCUAAAGGUGCGCCUGCGAAGCAAUCAAAGCUCUCUUUUUCUUCAAAGUCGAAUUCAACCAAGCCCCCGACAAGCUCCUCAUCCGCCUCAGAAGAGAAUCAAGAUGUGGAGAUGAAGGAUGGGGAGUCAGAUGUCGAUACCACAGAUACAGUCAAAAAGGAGGAAGGAUCUGAUGCUAAGGAAAAAGUAAAGAAGGAAAAUGUAAAGCAGGAGAAAGGUGUUAAGAGGUCGAGGUCGCCUAGUCCGAAACUCUCAGCGAAGACUAAAGCUAUAAAACUAGAUGAAGAAGUCAAGGAAGAAGAGGAUGAGGACGAUGAUGAAGAACCCAUUGUGAAGAAACCUCGAAGGGCUGAAAAUGCUCAAGCAAAGGAGAGGAAACCUUCACCAAAGACCAUCGCGAAAAAACCCAAGACCAAAUCUGAACCAGAAUCAUCUCCAAAAGAAGACGCUUCGAAGAAUUUGUCACCAACAGCAAAGCGUGGUAGGAAGGCUAAAGGGGUAGAGGAAGGAGACGAAGACGAAAUCGAGAAAACUGCGCAAUCACCGAAACUUGCAAAACGUCGAGACUCAAUUGUUUCCAAAUCGGCGUCAGAAUCAGAAAUUGAGGAGGACUUGGAAUCCAGUGGAGACGAGAAACCGGAAGUAGCUGCCAAAGCUAGAGAGAAGAUCCAAACAACAUUAAAAUCCAAGGGUAAAGACCCAUAUCCGGAUUGGAAAGCAGGAGAGCCAGUGCCAUAUGCUGCUCUUUGUACAACUUUCUCCUUGGUAGAGAUGACGACUAAGAGAUUGAUUAUUACGGCGCAUUGUUCCUUGUUCCUUCGUCAAGUACUUCGUCUAACUCCUGAUGAUCUUUUAUCUACUGUCCUUUUGAUGAUCAACAAAUUGGCUGCAGAUUAUGCUGGAAUUGAGUUGGGCAUCGGUGAAUCAUUGAUCAUGAAGGCUAUUGGAGAAUCGACGGGAAGAAAUUUGAGCGUUAUCAAGAACGACCAGAAGGAAAUUGGUGAUCUUGGACUUGUGGCAGUCAAGAGUAGAUCAAAUCAGCCUGUGAUGUUUAAACCAAAGCCAUUAACAGUCAGAGCUGUUUUGAAGAGCCUGAUCGAUAUUGCUACAGUUCAAGGCAAUGGCGCUCAGGGCCGAAAGGUUGAUGGCAUCAAGAAGUUACUUUCCGCGGCUGAUGCACAUUCUUCAGGUAAAGUUGACAUAACCAAGGAUAAAGGUGGGGCGAGCGAAGCAAAGUACAUUGUUCGUUUCCUUGAAGGAAAACUUCGUCUCGGAUUGGCGGAGAAGACUGUUCUCGUAUCUCUAGCUCAGGCGAUGGUAUGUCAUGAGAUUGAGGCAAAAGGAUCUGGCAAAGUUCCAAGUACAGAACAAUUGGCCAAUGGAGAGUCGAUAUUGAAAGCUGUUCAUAGUUACGAUGUGAUCAUUCCAGCAAUGUUAGAGCAUGGAAUUUUCAGCCUGAAAGAUAACUGCAAGCUACAACCUGGUGUACCAUUGAAGCCUAUGUUAGCUAAGCCUACAAAAGCAAUCACGGAAGUUCUUGAUCGAUUUGAGAACCAAACUUUCACUUGUGAAUACAAAUAUGAUGGAGAAAGAGCUCAAAUACAUUAUGUCGCCAAGGAUUCUCCUAAACAGUAUCUUGGUGCUACGCCUGCUGCGGCAAAACCCUCUGCCGGUGGUCUCGCUGCUAUAUUCUCGCGAAACUCUGAGGAUCUUUCCAAGAAGUACCCGGAUAUUCUUGGCAAAUUAAACACAUGGGUGAAGGAAGAUACCAAGAGUUUUGUUCUUGAUUGCGAAACUGUUGCCUGGGAUAUGGUUGAAAAGAAAGUCUUACCUUUUCAACAACUCAUGACACGAAAGAAGAAGGAUGUCAAGGUUGAAGAUGUUAAAGUCAAAGUCUGUGUAUUUGCGUUCGAUUUGCUUUUCUUGAAUGGUGAAGCAGUUGUUGAGAAAUCAUUAAGAGAACGUCGUGCACUUCUUCAUGAGGCUUUCCAACCUGUUGAAGGCGAAUUUCAAUUCGCUACCAGUAUGAAUGGUCAAGAAAUUGAUGAAAUUCAGACAUUCUUAGACGAGAGUGUCAAGGCAUCGUGUGAGGGACUGAUGGUAAAGAUGUUGGAUGGUACAGAGAGUGGUUAUGAGCCUAGUAAGCGAAGUAGGAAUUGGCUGAAGAUCAAAAAGGACUAUCUCUCUGGUAUCGGAGACUCCCUCGAUCUUGUUGUUCUAGGUGCCUACUAUGGUAGAGGGAAACGUACUUCCGUCUAUGGAGCUUUCCUCCUCGCCUGUCAUAAUCCACACACCGACACUUACGAAACUAUCUGUAACAUCGGAACAGGAUUCAGUGAACAAGUUCUUGAAGAACUCCACGCUCAACUCUCUGCUAUUGUCAUUGACCGCCCUAAACCCUUUUACUCCCAUUCAUCAGGAAACCAACAUCAACCUGAUGUAUGGUUCGAACCUAAAUAUGUAUGGGAAGUUAAGACAGCUGAUUUAACUUUAAGUCCAAGAUAUAAAGCAGGAUGUAAGGAAGGUGUCGACAAGGGUGGUGAAAAAGGUAUUUCAUUAAGAUUCCCAAGAUUCAUCAAAAUCCGAGAUGAUAAGAAGCCCGAUAUGGCGACGAGUAGUAGACAGGUGGCGGAAAUGUAUAGAAAGCAAGAGAGUGUUACCAAGAGUAAAGGAUCGAGUGUUGAUGAUGAUUUCGAGUAUUAG